AUUAUUAGUUGAAAAUAAAAAUUUCUACACACCGAUACACAAAUAGAUAUGGCAUAUGAAGUGCCCUUGCAGGCCCUCUUAGGGUUAGUGACAUUGAUUUUUCUUCCUCUGGUGGCUGAUGUUGUCCAUGCAAGCACUGCAUGGAGACUUGCAACUAAAUUAUUGGAGGACGAUGGACAUGACAUUCAUACGGUUGCCCGCACCCACAACCGGCCAAGGUUCGGUGGUGGCCCUUGGAAGCAUGCUCAUGCCACAUUCUAUGAAGGCGGCCCGGGAACCUUUGGAGGAGCUUGUGGUUAUGAGGAUGUGAUAAAAGAAGGGUAUGGCCUGGACACAGCAGCGUUGAGCGAGGCUUUAUUCAACAAAGGGCUGUCUUGUGGAGCAUGCUAUGAAAUCAAAUGCGUCGACAACCCUCAGUGGUGCAAGCCAGGACAGCCAACUCUCGCCGUCACAGCGACCAACAACUGCCCCCCCAAUUGGAACCAGCCAAGUGACAAUGGAGGGUGGUGCAACCCUCCACGUGAGCAUUUUGAUAUAGCCAAACCUUCGUUCAUCAAAAUUGCCGAGUACAAGGCCGGCAUUGUUCCGGUCAUGUACCGCAGGGUUCCAUGCCUGAAGAAAGGAGGAAUUAAAUUCACAAUAACUGGGAAUCCAUAUUUCAACCAAUUGUUGGUGUGGAAUGUGGGAGGAGCUGGGGAUGUGACCGGAAUGCAAGUGAAGGGCAGCAAGAAGCUCAAAUGGACAACGAUGAAGAGGCUAUGGGGUCAGAAGUGGGAAACGGACGCCAAGAUGGUUGGCGAGUCAUUAACCUUUCGAGUCAGAGCGAGUGAUGGUAGAUACUCAACCUCAUGGCAUGUUGCUCCAAGCAAUUGGCAGUUUGGCCAAACCUUCGAAGGCAAGAAUUUCAGGUAGAAAUAAACUUGUAAAUAAUGUUAAUGUUGUUUGAUUUAUGGGAAGUGAUUUUCACAUACCCUCUUUAGCUUUCCACACAUUUUUCUUUAUUUAUAAUUAUUAAAUUGAAUAAAUCAAACAAAAUCAACAUCCAGAAUUAAACAGAAGUGUGUAAGAAGCUAAAAAUAAUGUGUGAAAAUUAUUUUCCUUAUUUUUUAAA